AUGUCAGUAUCAGAAACCAUAACAACUUUAGUUCAUGAAAUUCACAACUUGAAAGAAUUUGAAGAAAUAAUACAGAAAGAAGAAUUAUUUGUUCUUGAUUUCUAUUCAACACAAUGUCCUCCAUGUGAUGUUGUUGCUCCUUUAUACAAAAAAUUAGCUGAAAAAUAUACCAAUGCUAAAUUUUAUAAAAUCAAUGGUCUUGAUCCAGAAGGUCUCAUAGUACAAAAAUCCAUAGAUGUUGUUUGGUGGCCUACAUUUGUUAUUUACAAAAAUGGGAAAGAAGUAUGGAGGGCUAAGAUUCCAAAUCCACCACAACAAUACCCAACUGCUGAACUUGAAGCUGAAUUGAAGAAAGUUUAUGUUUAA